AUGGCUCCCUGCAAGCGAAAGGCACCACCCAGGAGACGGCGAUUCAAGCGACUCGAUCUCCAGGUGUGCUCACAGUGCCAGGAAGCCAAGCGACUCGAGAAGGCCGAAAAGAAGGCCCUCCUGACCUGGGCAUCACCAAAACCAACCACCCAAAAGGAACUCAAACGACAGCGCGAGGAAUUCUGGGACACCCAGCCGACAUAUUCGGGCCGGAUCGAAAUAUGGCAGGCUCUCAAGGCAGCAUGCGAAACCUCGGAUGAUCAGCUUGCACAAAUCAUCAUCGAUUCGGCCAACGUCAAGGUGCCGACCGGCAAUCUCGCCGACGGAUGCUAUGACGAGCUGGGCAACCAGUAUGUCAUCCCGCUCUUCUGCAUUGUCAAUCCCACGAACCUGGCCCAGGAUGGCCCUGCGGACAGCUCGAACACCGGCUCUGAGAAUCCGCCUGUAUCAAUUCUCCAAGCCUCGCACCUGGCAUCCCGGAAGGAGGCCGCCGGAGACGACUCGCAGUAUACCACCCAGGACGGGGACGUGGCCAAGAGCACCGACGAGCGAUUCACACCACGAACCAAGAUCACAGCCCGUCUGAGCACAGCCAAAGACCUGAAGCUAGAGCUGCCGGAGGAAGAGACGGUAAUGGGUAUCCGGAAACUGGUCCAGGCACAAGAGCAUCUCGAUCCCAACAAGCAGCGCACCCGGGUCUUUUACAUGGGCAAGCAGCUCAGCGACGAAGUCAAGAUUGGCGAUGUGCCCAUGAGGGAGGGGAGUGUGCUGCAGAUCAUGAUUACGCCUCUAUGAGCCAGCACGGCUCUGCCUCGAAAAUACUGGCCAUUUGCCGUUGAUGCCAGCAGACAAACCGGGCCCUUGCCGAUUCCCCCUCCCAUCCACUGCCGGAUAUCUGUGGUCUGGGGGAAUGACUCGAGUCGGCCUGAUGGCGAUGCCCGCUGCCGCUGAACGAGCAUGUUGUAGACAAGAGCCAUGUUAUAGAUACAUGGAGAAUGAAUAGGCAUGCAUAUCCAAGCAAUCGCAGGCAUGGGCAGGCGUGCAGGCCCAAGGCAAUCCAGGUCACAUCGCCGAUCGCAUCGCCGGCUUCUUGCAAGGGCCCUGGACAAAGUCACUGCCGC